CCUGUCCUUCAGAUGACUGCUGGUUUACAAGCUGGGAAAGCUUCCUGAGGAUCAGGACCGCUGGGGAAGAAACCAACUUGGUUGUUUGAGCAUCUUUUAAUCCUCAGCUGUGUGUGAAGACAGCUUUCCUCAAAGGAGUUCCAGAUUUUAUCAGAAAAAGCAAUAAUUAUUUUACUCUUCAAAAUGAAAGUGGACUUGGAGGUCAGUGAACCAAUAGACUUAAGUUCUGGAGAUCAUCAACAUCUGGUUCGGAAAGCAGCAGAUGAUGAUACCCAGAGCAAGUCUGCUCGGUCCUAUGGAACUUCAUCUUCAACUCGUGGGCCACGACAAACUCGUGGGCCACGACAAACUCGUGGGAAUCCACACUCAAAGGCUGGUGAGCAAGCGGAUACCUAUGUGGUACAAAUUUCAGCAGAGACCACCACAGAUGACGGCAAUCCUUUAUCCAGCCCAUUCUCAGAGGCAGUUAUUCGCAGAGCUUUCAUCGUGAAAGUGUUCUUCCUCCUGUCAGCUCAGCUGACGCUCACUGGGACGAUCAUCAGCCUGUUUCUUUUCUGGAAGGCUUUAAGAGUUUGGGUGGUCAAGAAUGCCUGGUUCACCUACACACUCUUGCCAGCAUUUUUUGUUGUAUUUGUUAUACUUGCUUGCUGUGGGAAACUACGCCGCCAGGUGCCUGCGAAUUACAUUCUCCUGGGAUUGUUUACAAUUCUUCAAGGUCUGCUGCUAGGAACCGUGUCGGUUUUCUACAAUGCCGAGGAAGUGUUAUGGGCGACAGCAGCAACUGCUCUAGUGACGCUAUCACUCACUUUAUUUGCUCUUCAAACCAAAUGGGAUUUCACCUUGCUAAAUGGAAUGCUGUUUGUUUUACUCUUCGUACUUAUUAUCUAUGGAAUUCUCUUAAUCUUCAUACGAUCAUAUUGGUUGCAUCUAUUGUAUGCCGGACUUGGAACUGUGAUAUUCUCACUUUACUUGGUGAUGGAUGUGCAGCUGAUGGUGGGAGGGCGCCAUCAUCAUUCUGACCUGGACCCUGAAGAGUAUGUUUUUGCUGCCCUGAACAUCUACAUGGACAUAAUCAACCUUUUCCUUUUCAUUUUGCAACUGAUUGGACUGGGACGGUAGUCGUAGAGCCAAGGCUGGCUCAUGCUGAAAAGAGGCAAGGAGGGACACCUAUGAAGACAUGCAGAGGUUACCACUCCAUAAGCCUUUUCAUUUUUAAAAAUAUUUUAAACUACUUUUUUUUUUUUAAAGCAAGCAUUCAAGUAGAUGGUAGCUGUAGCUGUUAUAUAUUUUUAGUUCCACUGUCACAUUGUAAAACUUUCUGGUGGACAGUUCUGAUUUUUAUAAAUUCAAAAGAUGAGUACAU